UUGGAACGCAUUGUCCAUUCGCUCUUGGAGCCGCGUGGAGCUCCUCCAACCAGUGAACCAACCACACAUACUUAUCGUAUCCGUAUCCGUAUCCGUAUUCCCGUAUAUCCAAUUCCGUUAAUCGCUGAGUGCCGUUCACGUGCAUUGUUACCAACCAGGUCCGGAGGGCAGAAAAACGUUUAAGUUUGCGAAAUCGACGACGACAACAACAACGACAGCAUUGGCAGUAGAUCGCUAAGCAAGGCACGCACAACUGUACUUCUGUAAGCAGCCCCUGGCAGCAUCCAAAUCGAACAAUUUAAUUUCCUUUUUGCUACGCGCACAAAAAGCCAACAAAAACUUGAACUAUAGAAUGGUAGAAGGUGAUUCUGCAAAAGGUAAAAGCGAAUCCUAUAAUGUAGAAGCUGGACUACAGCCAAACUACAAUCAGAGCGCAGCAAGCAAUCCAACAAACCAAUCGAUUGGCAACGCCAAUCCGCACAUCGACAAUCGAGCGAUCAUUCAGCCGUACUCCCUGGGCACGGGCGCCAAGCAGCCAGAGUAUCAGUUUGCGGCUGACAAUCGCGGCUACGAGCCGGACACAAGCAACACCAAUGGCAAGCAGCAGGACGUAGAGCGUGCGGUGGUCGGCGCUGCCGGCGACACCAGCACCAGCACCAGCAGCACCGCCGAGCACAAUGGCAAGGGCGGGCGUCGCGGCAAGAAGGGGGCACCGCUCCCAGAGCCCACCAGCCCGAUAGUCGCCAACUUUGAGCGGGCCAUCGAGCUGUGCGGCUAUGGCAAGUUCCACUACAUACUGCUGGCCAUUUGUGGCCUGGUCAGUACAUCGGAGGAAAUGGAUGUCAUCUCGAUGUCGUUCAUUCUGCCAUCGGCCGAGUGUGACCUCGAUCUCAAUACGGAGACCAAGGGCUGGCUCAAUUCGAUCAUCUUCAUUGGCAUGAUGGUGGGCGCCUACUUCUGGGGCAGCAUCGCCGACAGCUUUGGCCGCAAGAAGGUUCUGAUUGUCAUCUCGUUCAUGAAUGCCUUUUGCAUUGUUGCGUCGUCGUUUUCGCAAACUUAUUCGUUUUUCAUGCUGUUUCGAUUUCUCAAUGGCGCAGCGCUCGGAGGCAGUGGUCCUGUCAUCUGGUCGUACUUUGCCGAAUUCCAACCGAAAGCGAAACGUGGCUCCAUGCUGAGCUUCAUGGCUGCCUUCUGGACCUUUGGUAACCUGUUUGUGGCCGGCCUGGCCUGGCUGAUCAUACCCACGGACAUUGGCUUCAUGACUCCAUAUUUCACAUACAACUCGUGGCGCAUUUUCCUGCUGGUCUGCUCGCUGCCAUCGUUCCUGGUCGGCUUUCUGCUCUUCUAUCUGCCGGAGUCGCCCAAGUUUCUGCUGACGCGCGGCAAGAAGGAUCGCGCCCUGGCCAUCUUCCGCGGCAUCUUUGUGACGAACACACGCAAGCGGCCGGACGAGUACAUGGUCUACGAUCUGGAGGUGGACGAGAAGCUGCUCGAGAGCUCGGCGAACAGCAAGAACAAGUAUUCGCGGAUGGUCAGCGGCAUGGUGGACCACAGUCGUGCGCUCUUCAAGUCGCCCAUUCUCAGAUUCACCAUCGUCUCGAUCACCAUUAACUUUACAUUCCACAUUGGCUACUAUGGACUGUUGAUGUGGUUCCCGGAGCUCUUCAAUCGCUUCGAGGAGUACGAGAAGGCCUUCCCCGACACGUCGGCCGGCGUCUGCACGGUCACCGAGUAUGUGGUGGGCAUUGCCCGCGAGAGUGCCAACAAUGGCACCUGCUCCUCGGACAUACCCCAGUCGGUGUUCAUGGAGUCACUCAUCUCGCUCGCCUCCGCCCUGCCCGCCAAUCUGCUGGCCAUUCUCGGCAUGGAUAUGCUGGGGCGGAAGUUCUUCCUGAUUGCCGGCACGAUGACCGCCGGCAUUUGCUCGGCCCUCAUGUACUUUGUGCGCAGCUCCCUGCAGAAUCUCAUUGUGUCGGCGAUCUUCAGUGGCGCCAUUUCGGCAGCCAAUGCGGCCCUCGACUGUCUCAUCACCGAAGUAUUCCCCACCAAGCUGCGUGCCACCGGUGUUGCCAUCUCCAUGGUGGCCGCCCGUCUCGGCGGCAUCAUUGGCAACAUUGUGAUUGCCCAGCUGCUGGACAACUACUGUCCCUCGCCGACAUUCAUUGUCUCCGGCCUGCUCAUCGGCGGCGGUCUCAUGUGCCUCCUGUUGCCCAAUACGACGCGGAAGGAGCUCAACUAGGGAGUCUCCUGGUGCUACCAAACUAGCAGCCAAACGAAACAAAAUUUCAACAACAAAUCGCCAAAAAAAAGAACAAAAAAUAGUAAACCAGAAAAUAUAAAUAUUUAUGUAAAAACAGCAGCAGAGCCAGCUGCAGAUAGAAAGAACAGGAACAAGCCCCCACCCACCAGCAAACCCACACCGCAGUCCAACAUUUAAUUUUCCCCAACCCCAACCACAAGCCCCUUUGUGUAUAUAUGGUGUGUGUGCUAUGGGAACACGACUAUUUGUAUCAUCGGUAAUUAUUAUAGCGAUAGCGAUAACAAUUACGAUAACGAUACAAAUCGUUCUGGUCUAAUUUUAACGCCUAUCGGAAUUUAAAUCGGAAAAACAAAACAAAAGCCCCACAAAAAGUAACCAAGAAGCCAAACCCACCCAACUACCCCACAAACCCUAAGCCAGCGAGAAGAUAUAUACAAAUAUAUAGCAGCUAGAAUCGAUUGCGAUCGAUUUAUGUAUUGUAUGUACGAUAUGUAUUUUGUGUGUAGUAGUGGUAGUAAGUAAUAUAUACAUACCUACAUAUAUACUAUAUACAGAUAUUUGGCAAGCGCCGGCGCCAGCUGAACAGCAAACAGCAGAAGGAAGUUAGAGACGAGACCAACAUAAAUGGUGCCGAACAAAAAAAACCGAAGCAAAGCAAAAGCGAAAGCAAAAGCGAAGCUCCCUCCCUCUGUUGUCAAUUAUUGUUUGUUAUUAUUGCUAUUAUGAUAUAAAACAUUUAUAUACAUACAAUACGUAUAUACCCUUAUCUUUAUAUAUAAACAUACAUACAUAUGUAUCAAAUAACAUUCUAUAACAUAUCCAUACAGAUAUAAAUGUAUACAAUAUUUUUUUUUUUGUUUUUUUUUUUCGUCGUCACUUAGGACAAAGCACAGGAAGUGAAGGAAUAAUUGUAAAAUUUAGUUAUGUCAUUACAAGUUACGCUACAUAUACAUACAAACAUAUACAUAUGUACAUACCAUGUACAAGAA